AUGCUUGAGAUGAAAAUUACUAUCUACUCUCGAUUUUCAGAGUAUGGUACUCUCAUCCGGUCAGUUGCUUACCUACUUCGUUGGAAGAUGAAGGGGAAGAACGCUAUUGAGACUCCGACGGCGAAUGGGUCGAGAAGAGGUAUCCGGUAUUUAUCUCCGGACGAGAUAGCUAACGCCGAGAUUCUCAUUCUUCUACUGAUUCAACGGGAGAGUUUUAGCCCCGAAAUCAAACUUCUGAAAUCGAAUAAAAAGCAGAAUUCGAAAAAUUCUACAAGUUCGUUCAGAAGUCAAACUAAGUUCGAUGAACUCAAUCCAUUCCUUGAUGACAACGGUCUGAUUAGAGUAGGCGGUCGUUUGAAAAAAUUCGACCUUCUCUUCAAUCAAAAAUAUCCGAUUUUACUGCCUAGUAACCAUCACGUGUCGGAUCUCAUCAUUCGUGACGCCCACGAUCGAAAUCUUCACGGUGGAAUCCAAUCUACUCUCUAUACCGUACGUGAGAGAUUUUGGAUACUCAACGGAAGAAACCAGAUUCGACAUGUGAUACACCGGUGUGUGCCGUGUAUUCGUCAAAAACCGAAAUUUCCACAUGCCAAAAUGGCAGACUUGCCGAAGUCUCGUGUAACACCUGGAUUUGCGUUCAGCGAGGUAGGCGUCGACUUCUUCGGUCCAAUCCUGAUCAAGGAAAAGAAAGAGAAAAAUCGAAGCUUUCUGAAGGUAUAUGGAAGCGUCUUCGUUUGCAUGGCCACUAAGGCUGUGCAUAUCGAAGUUGCUUCUGGUCUUUCUGUCGAGGACUUUCUCGCAUGUUUUCGCCGAUUUAUCAGUAUACGCGGUAAACCGCAAAAGGUGUAUUCUAAUAACGGUACGAACUUCGUCGGAGCGAACAGCGAACUCCGAAAGAUUUACGACUUGCAUGAAACGAAGGAAUUUCAGGAAUCCAUUCAAAAUUAUGCCGUGUCCGAACGUAUCAAGUGGGAUUUUAAUCCCCCUCUUUCUCCACAUUUCGGUGGUCUAUGGGAGGCCGCGGUUAAAAGCUUCAAGCAUCAUUUGAAUCGUGUAAUUCAAGGUCAGAAGCUCACGUACGAGCAAUUAGAUACAUUGCUAAAAGAAAUCGCGGCUGUCUUGAAUUCGCGGCCAUUAUAUGCGGUUUCCUCCGAUCCUAACGAUCCGCUCGCAAACACGCCUAUGCACAUCUUAACGGGGCGCCCAUUCAAUUUCUUACUCGAGCAAAACUUUUCUUUGAUUCCAGAUAACCGCUUGACCACGUACCAACUUAUCUCCAAAGCAAGGCAGGACUUCUGGGAUAAGUGGCACAAGGAAUACUUGCGCGAACUGCAAGUGCGUCAAAAAUGA